AUGAGUCAUCUUCCAGGAGUAUUGUUCUUCUGGAAAGAUCCGGAAAGACCAAUUGAUAUGAUACUUCUCAAGUCAGAUCAGUCCAAGAGUUUUGCAACCUCUUCGGAUUCUUUGACUGAAAACGCACUCAGCCUUAAUGUUAGAAGCAUUCUUAAUUCCAAGAGAGAAUUUAAUGUAGUCAAAGAUAAUCAAGAAGCAUUGUUUCAAGCUGAUAUUUCGAUCAUGAUCGAAGAAGAACAAGAAGAAGUCAUGGGAGAGAAUAUCUCUUCUCUUAAAGAAAGAAUAUUCAACAUGAUAUUAUCGACAAUUAACAGUAAUGAGGAAUCAGAUCUCCCUACCCUGGCUUUUGAAGAUUGCCAAUCCCUUUUGGAUUUUUCUGCUACUUCAGAUGAAUGGAAUCGAAGCGUCAUGUAUACCAUCAAUUUGUUGUUUGAGUUGAAGAAAAGAGCAGACGAGACCAAAGCAGAUUUCAAGCUGCCAAAAGUCGGAACUCUGUUGAAUUAUCAGCAUAACAAGUUCAACAAGGUCCCUCUGUUCCCUACCACCAUCAAGAAAGUGACUAUCAAAGCUACUUCGAAUUUGGGUUCAGGAAUCACCAGUCAAGUGAAAACCAUAGACUACUAUUUCAACUUACCUUCGGAUCACUUGUGUCUUCUCUUGGCAAACCCCCAAAAGGCCCCUUAUCUUUCAGCCCUCUCAGACUACACCGAAAAUCAGUGUCUUUCUGUCCAGCAAGGAGAAAAAUGGAGAAGAAAUCCUUUGUUUCAACAUCCAUUUAUUCAAACAAAUGGCAAAGACUUUUGGAUUGGAGAUGUUGCCGUGUUACAUAGUGGGCAAUCUAUUCUAGUUGAAAGGUUCUACAUGAAAGACAUGCUUGCUCUCUUUGACGGAUAUCUUGUUGAACAAGGCUCUGACAGUGAAGGCCAUGCUUUACAUAAAGUACAAAGCUCUCCUGUCACAUACGAAAUCAAGUACCUGGUUUCUGCUUGGCUCCCUCCAAUGUUCUAUAGUCACCCCAAGAACUGGUCUUCCUCUGGUGAGGCAUCCUUGAAUCCAACGCACCAUGGGCUGUUGUUCAAGAGUCAUCCUAUGAAAAAGCCAGUAUUCAACAGUGCCAACCAGUUCAUUCGAUUUCAGAAGGCCAUCAUCACUCCACUUGCCAUCUUUUCUGAUGAUACUUCUGGGAACCUUAUGAAAACGCAUGGAAUGUACGACAGUGUACUGGUCAACUUCCCUGCGAUGCCAUACAGCAUGAGAAAUAGAUGCGAGAACAAUUUCUUUGUCACAGCCGUUUCCCAGCAAGCCAGAUUCAAGUCGACCCAUCUGAUGCCCAUUAUAGCCACAGAUCUAAAGACACUAGAAAAUGGUGUUGAUAUGUACUCAUCAACAUACGACGAGACUGUCACUGUAUGUGCUCCCUUGCUCUUUAUCACAGCCGAUAAUGUCCAACAUGCUGAACUUGUUGGCUUGAAGCAUUUGACGUCAAAUUUCCCGUGUAGAAGAUACUACUACCAAAACCUGUCCAGAUUUGACUUUGACAACUUUGAUUCUGAGUAUUUGGUGUGGUGA